AUGGCUGGUCUACCCGAACCCAUUUUUGUUGAGACAAGCUACGGCCGACUGGCUCUUCGCUCGGCUGGCUCCGGUAGUCUGCCUCCGGUUCUUUGCAUCCACGGAAACUCCUCAAGUUCCGAUAUCUUCCGCCAUGUACUGCAGAGUAAGAUUCCAUCGACACGCCGGGUGCUCUCGCUCGACCUUCCGGGGCAUGGCCAGUCCAGCGACGCCGCCGACCCUAAGCGCACCUAUACGAUGCCGGGCUACGCCAAGGCAGCAGUCGAGGUUUUAGAGAAGCUCGAGAUCAAGGAAGUUGUUGUAGUCGGCUGGUCGCUGGGCGGACAUAUCGGGACCGAGAUGUUGCCUCUGUUCCCGGGCACCAAGGGACUGAUGAUGGUGGGAUCGCUCUUGGUCGGGCUCUACGACGCACCCCUCGACGACGACCGCACUAGGUGGAACAUGCGUGAGGACCUUACCGCUGAUGACCUGACCAUGUUCGCCAAGCUUGGCACAGGCGGACCAUUCGAGCAGUGGAUGGCGGAUGCGGCUAUCAGGACGGACGGCAAGGCGCGUCGGGUGCUGUUCCAAAACCUUGGCUUCGGGGACUGUUCCAACCAGCAGCAGCUAAUUGCCGAGACUAAGGUGCCGACUGCGGUUGUCAUCGGAACUGAUGAGCCACAUCUCGACAAUAACAUGAUCAAGGGGCUCAAGUACGGCAACCUGUGGAAUGGCAAGGUUGUGGAGAUCGCCGGCGGUGAGCAUUGCCCGCUGUGGGAAAAGCCUGACGACUUUCUCCCUGUGCUGGAGAAGUUCUUGGCAGAUGUCUCUGCUUAA